GUGGAGGACAGGACUGGUAGGGUGCACAGUGCUGCAGCAGAGAGGUCACUGAGGAAUAUGGGGAUGUCACCUACUGGGGCUCCACAGGACUGAGGACAAGGUGAACGCAGGGAAGCAGUGGGCAGAGCUUUGUGCACACCCCUGGGUGUCACCCUGAAGAGCCCGAGCAUCAUAUCCGGGAGUCCUGUGCAUACACCUGAGCUCUCUCUCCGCUGCCUCAGUAAGUAGGUGCCCCUUGGGCAGUGCGGGUGAGCCUGGAUGUGGCUGCAGCCUGCAGGGGAGCUCCAGGGAUGAUCAGCAGAGUGAAAUCAGCUGUCACAGGGAUUCUGGGGGGGUCUCUGUCCAGCAAACAAAGUGCACUGCCCGCCCCCUCUACCCCUGAGAAGGAGACCCCGAGCGUUCCCAUUGCUAAACCCCAGCCCCCUUGUCGGCCGUCCUUCUUGAAGCUAUCGCCAGAGGAGUUCCAGAAAUCGGGCGAUCACAAUGCCAGGAUCGUGCUGACCCUCAAGACCCCCGGGGAGCUGCACUGGGGCACGGGCUAUGCAGAAGUGAUCAAUGCUGGAAAAAGUCAUCACAAUGAGGAUAAUGUGUGUUGUAAAUUUGUGGUUGCUGAAGAUAAAGACGAGAAACAUGACGGCUUACUCAGCGACAUGAAUUUAAACACAGAAGUACAAACUAUUCACAAAGUCAGUGAUAAAGUCAGUUUCUAUUAUUGGGGACUCUUUGAUGGCCAUGCAGGAUAUGGGUGUGCAUUGACUGCAUCAAGACUCCUUCACCUUCAAAUACGCGAUCAGCUAAGAGACCUUGAACAUAUCCUGCAGCAGACUACAGCCGCUCCUCUGUGUCUGGAUCCUGAGAACACAACUAGGACUGAAAAUAUUUCAGACACUCAUGAGAUAUCUAAUCCAACUAUGGACACAGCAAUUCGCUUCCAUCUAGAAAAACAAGUGUUUCCUGAGAGUCUUGUUAUUGGUGCACUGGAAAAUGCUUUUAAAAAAAUGGAUGAGCAAAUUGAAAGAGAGAGAACGUCGCAUAGCAUUGACGGAGGCUGCUGUGCUCUUGUGACUGUUUACUUCAUGGGCAAACUAUAUGUAGCCAAUGCUGGCGACAGCAGAGCCAUCAUCAUUCGACAGGGACAAACCAUAGAGAUGUCACAUGAGUUUACUCCGGAAACCGAAAGGCAGAGGCUUCAAUUGCUUGCCUCUUUGAAGCCAGAACUGCUGGGUAAUGAAUUUACUUGCCUUGAGUUUCCAAGAAGGAUUCAGCAGAAAGAGCUUAAGAAAAGAAUGUUGUAUCGUGACCACACCAUGACAGGCUGGGCUUAUAAAACUAUUGAAGAAGAUGAUAUGAAGUUCCCACUUAUUUAUGGAGAAGGAAAAAAGGCUAGGGUUAUGGCCACUAUCGGGGUGACACGGGGAUUUGGAGACCAUGAUCUUAAAGUCUAUAACUCAAACAUCUACAUCAAGCCAUUCUUGUCUUGUAUGCCUGGGGUGAAGGUUUAUGACUUGGCUGGUUGUGACCAUAAUGCUGAUGAUGUCAUGGUAAUGGGCACUGAUGGACUGUGGGAUGUUAUUACUGACAGAGAAGUGGCAGAAACUGUUCAAAGAGUCUUUGCCACUCAUGGCACUGACCAACCAAAUAGAUAUAACCUUGCUGCUCAAGAGCUUGUUCUUCGUACUAGAGGGGUUCGGAAGGAGAAUAGCUGGAGGUUAUCCACUGGAAAGCUAGCCUCUCUAGAUGAUAUAUCUGUAUUUGUUAUUCCACUGGCUGCACAUGGCAGUUGAAGAUACAGGGAUGCUGAAUAAAGUUUAAGAGCACAAACUUAGUAUAUUACCUCAACAGCAGGAGGCACAGCAAGCGCUAUGCACUUUAACUUGAAACACGUUCCUCAAAGACUGUUUUGAAGCAUAAAUAUUUUUUAUUUAAGUAUAUGUUACAGGUAUGAACAUGCUUAAAGCCAGUCUGUAAUAAAAACGCCUAUAU